CUACCUCGACGAUCCGCCGCCGCGUGGCCUUUGGAGGCUGUCUAUAAAAGGAGGGCAUUCCACCAUGAGUGCUCCUUCACGAGCGCAUUCCCAUCACCCAGAGAUGCUAGGAGUUGGACCCGUCGAAUGGGACUCGGAGACCGAGCGAGCCCACCGUCGCUACCAGCGCAAGGCCUCGACCAUCCAUGGCUGGGUUGUCAAGAUGCGUGGGACGCUCUUCGGCAGCGAGUCCACCCGCCGCGCCGGCAUCCGCGAGAUGCGCGAGGCCGCCGCGAUUCGCAGAUACAAGAAAGAGCAUCCUGAGCAGUUCCGCGGCCGCGCCAAGGGCGGCAGCGUCUUCUGGAUCUUCCCCAGACGGAGCACUCGCUCACGCUCGCACAGACGUCACGACCACCGCGAUGACCGACACCAUCGCUCACAUAGUCGCCGCGACGACAGACACCGCGACCGCCGCGACCAUCGCGAGAGGCCGAAUGCUUACUAUGGCGAGCGUGAUCAUGGUCCGUGCUUGCACUUCCACCACCGUGUCAAGCCCCACCAUCACGGCCACGGUACAUACCUAGCCGGCAUCCUGACUGGAAACCACCAUCUACGGGAGAAGGGGAGGGAGUUGAAGGAACGCGCUGCCAAAGAGCGUAGGAGGGAACGGCGCAGGAGAAAGCGACAGCGGAGAGACGAAGCCUUGGCUCUCAAAUAUGAUGCUGUUGCGGGCAAGAACCGUUGGUGGCAUAGGUGACCGGCUGGGCAUGAGACGAUGAAACAACAACUCUGUGACGACGAUAUGCGCUAAGUUAUGACAUGGUGUUGUUUGUAUGCUCAGAUGUUGUUGUACGAUACCCUUCGCUAUGUGG